AUGGAACUGUUCCAGGUCAAUCAAUAUUCUCUCCUACUUCUUGUGUCAUUACUACUGUCCAUCGGACUCGUUCACAAACUCUACACCGUUAUACACGAUCCCCUCUCAUCGAUACCGGGCCCUUGGUACUCGAGAUGGACGGAACUGCCUCUCAAGUAUUUCUGGCUGACGGGCCAGCGCACAGAGUACGUGCAUGGCUUGCAUCAAGUGUUUCUAUGCCCCAUUGUUCGAAUUGGACCUCAGGAAGUUGAUGUUUCCGAAGUCGCCUCGGCCAAGGUCAUUCACCGAGUUGGCAGCGGCUUUCCCAAGAGCCGAUUCUACCAGAACGUAACAUCAGGGUCAACCAUAAACGUGUUCAGCACUACAGACCCCAACCAACACAAGGCCUUACGGCGACUCCUUUCAUCCCCACUCUCCGACGCAUCAUUGAAGUCAUUGGAACUGCUCAUCGAUAGGCGAGUUCGUCUUACUAUACAGAAGAUGAAGGAAGAAGCAGAGAAGCGUGGUGCUGUAGAUGUGUUCAAGUGGUGGCUCUUCAUGGCAACGGACAUCAUUGGCGAACUCAGCUUUGGUGAUUCUUUCCGCAUGCUAGAACAAGGCAAGAAAAACCAGUAUAUCCUGGAUCUGGAAGGGGUCGCUCUCUUCACCGGACUUCGUACCACGUUCCCAAGCCUUUUCUCUCUGUCAAUUUUCCUACCUUUGCCCCUCUUUCGACGAGCAGCUGCGGCAGGGCAGAGGAUGAGGCAGUAUGCCGAGCAGUCGAUUCAACGUUACCGAACAUCUCUAGCCGCGGAUCCUACCUUGGCCAAGUCAACUCUCUUCACCAAGCUCUUCGAUGCUGGUAAAGAAGGUCUAUCUGACGAACAGAUUCGAGCUGAGGCACUCGGUUACAUUGUAGCAGGAAGUGAUACCACGGCAAAUACGCUCACCUACCUCUUAUGGUCGGUAUGCGGACGCAAAGAGGUGAAGCAAGCACUUUUGAAGGAGCUGCAGGGAUUGCCUGAAGACUUCCAUGAUGAGCAUUUAAGGGCGCUUCCUUAUCUGCAGCAAGUCAUUGAAGAGACAUUGCGCUUGUACUCGGCUGCUCCUGCGGCUCUUCCGCGUGAAGUCCCUCAAGCAGGGGCUGACUUGGCUGGAUUCCAAAUUCCAGGAGGCGUCACAGUGACGACCCAAGCUUACUCCCUCCAUCGAGACCACGUUGUAUUCCCAGAACCUGAAAAGUUCGAUCCAACGCGUUGGGCCACGCCAACGCCCGAGAUGAAGCACGCCUUCAUGGCCUUUGGCGGGGGUAGCCGAGUCUGUUUAGGAAUGCAUCUUGCUCGAAUGGAGCUUCGGCUGGCAACUGCUCGUUUCUUCCACGCCUUCCCACAUGCCUCGCGAUCGAACCUCGAGGGCAUGACAGACAAAGACAUGAUGCCACGAAUCUAUUUUCUUUUAGCUCCUCAAGGGAAACGGUGCCUAAUUGACAUCUAA